UAUUCUUACAUGUAAAAAUGGCGAGAACCCGUUGCGUUGACAAAAGUGGAAUGAAGAAAGGUGCUUGGACUCCCGAAGAAGAUAGCAAGCUAAUUGCUUAUAUUACUAGGUAUGGUUCCUGGAAUUGGCGACAACUCCCUAGGUUUGCAGGUCUGGCAAGAUGUGGAAAGAGUUGCAGAUUGAGAUGGCUCAAUUAUCUGAGGCCCAACAUCAAACGAGGGAACUACACUCAAGAAGAAGAAGAUAUUAUUGUUACAAUGCACAAGAAGAUAGGAAACAAGUGGUCUGUGAUUGCAUCCAAUCUACCAGGAAGAACAGAUAACGAUAUAAAGAAUCAUUGGCACUCCUCCCUCAAGAGGCGCUCUCAUCAGAGAAACACACGUCAAAAGGUUAAGGCCACCGCCGCUGCCACCGCCCCUGCCGCUGCCAUUGCCGCAGUGAACACCACCACCAACCCUAAUAAUAACAAUAACGCUUCACUUCAAUAUUCUCCUCAGACCUCUUCUGACACUGUCUCUGGCCCCUUGUCCCCUCAAUUAUCCUCCAAAAUAAUCGCAACCAAUAAUCAUAACGAAAAUAAUUCGGACUACUUUGACGACAUCGAUUUUUUGAAUUAUUAUACACAGCACGCAAUUGAAAAUCUGUGGUCAGAGACAUUUCUAGCUGAACAAAUAGACAAUUGUAACGGUGGUUUUGUUUCAUUGGACACUACUACUACGCAGAUCUCGGAUUCUUCGGAAUUGCUGUCUCCGCAAUCAUCAUCAUUAUCAAGUGCAGAGAAUAAUGAUAACUUAUUUACCUUUGCAGAAACAACAGCGAAAGCUUUUGAUGAAGUGUUUUGGACAGAACAUUAUGCUGUAGAUUUGUCUUGUGUUCCAAAUGAACUACUUACGCCUUCUGUGGACCCGUAUGUUUGUCCUGUGGCUGUGUAUGAUGAUUUAGAUCUGUGGACUCAAAGCAAUUUUACAUGAUGAGAUUGUUAUUAUUAACUUCUUCUGUACAAUAAUUAUUAUUCAAUGAAUGAAUAAUUAUAAUGAAAGAUAAGUAAAUAAAGUAAUGGCCCAUAUUCG